AUGAGGUCCGGUAACGUGACUCGCCGGUUAAGUUCGGGAUCCCAAUUCACGAUCGUUGGUGCCUCAGUGACUGACUCUAUAGGGAGGAGCCGGCAGCGCGCGACUGGAGCACUUUGGAAACCGGAGGAAGACAGGAUAUUACUGGCCCACGUGGCAAAGCAUGGAACCAAGAAGUGGAGGCUUCUCAAGUCCGUGGGUCUGCUUCCCACACGAGACCACAAGGCGUGCUGUAACCGCUUCAUCGUUCUUACCAGGAAAUUCUCGAAGUUGCAUCAACUCGCAGGAGUCCCCAACAUGGUUGCAGAGUCGAUUUUUGAGGUGUCCAAACCAUCGUCGAAGUUGCACCAGGCCAUAGGAGUCUCAGAAAUGGCUGCAGAGAUGACGGUGCCCGAAAACUCAUCGAAGUUGCAUCAGCUCACAGGAGUCUCAGAAGUGGCUGCAGAGGCAGUUUUUGAGGCGCCUGAAACAACUGCCCACACCGUGUCAGCAGCAGCCAACGUCGUCUCAGCAACAGUGCUCCUCUGGUCAGCAACAGUGCGACGAGCGUCAUCAGCACUUGGAUUCUUGCCAGCAGCACCAAACAUCAAGCCGCGAGCAGUGCGCUCCAGCAACGGAGAUGGCGGAGGGAAUGGUAAUAAUGACGGUUGCGAGCCCAGCACUGUGGUAGAUGAGGGCGAAGAUGCAUGCAGGAGAGCAGCUGGGGAGCAGCUUGAAUCCGGUUACGAGGCGCAUCAGAAUCUAUGGAGGGGAGCUUCGGAGCAGCUGUUUGAAUAUGGCUCCGAGGCCCAUCCGAAUCUACCGAGAGGAGCUUAUGAGGAGCUGUUUGACGUUGCUGCAAUGAUUCCUCAAACUGGAGCAACAGUUUUGGGAACCAGCCGAGGAAAUGUGGAGGAGGAGGUGGAGGAGGAGGCGGAAGCGGUGGAUGCUACGGCAGGUGAUGUGACAAGAGAGACAUCAGACGAAGCUGCUGUGACCAAGCCACUAGCUCUCUCAUCGUGUUUCCCUGAGCCAUCACAUGGCUCAUGGCUUGCCUGCUUCCCUGAAACCAUGAGCCAUCCAGCAUCGCAAGCAAUCCAUCCAGCAUCGCGAGCAAGCCUUUCAGCAUCGGCUUUUGAGGCUCGUGAACAGUCUGAGCCCAUUUUCCAUGUAACGUCGCAAAUGAGCACUCUUUCAGCAUCACAGCAGCAUGCGGAAAGCCUUGCGCUAGAAAGCAAGGAGAUUGGAAGACCACUCUCAGUACUCUCACCCAUGCAGGUGGGGGAAUCGAAUCCAAUUGACGAGUUCAUGUUGGGUGAACUGCUUCUGCAGCAGCAGGUGCUUCAGCAGGAAAGAUAUACCAGUGGAAGAACCAACGUGUGCAGCAGUUUUCAAGGUGAAGCGGGCGGGGUACCAGAUCAGGAUGCUGUGUUCGCUGCUGGAGGAGUCAGCGUGGCCUCUAUUGAUGGUUUUAAUUGGCUCGCUGCGGCUGACAACGCUAUUUCAUCAUUCCUUAUCGAGGCUGAGCUGGUCAGAAUCAGUAAGGCCCUGCUACAGUCAGGAUCAGCACCGCACCCCACUCAUCUGCCUUCCUCCCCUGGCAGUUCACUUACAGCUAUUCAGGACCAAUCUUUCCUUAAGCUCUCACCCCAAUCAACCCACCCAAACCUCUCAAGCUUCCAUGCGAACCUUAUGCAAGUUGCCACUCCAGCUGCCACUGGACUACCAGCAAUGCCGUCGACUGUUAGCACGUCUACGCCCUCUCUGCUCCCACCACUGCCUUCAUAUACUGCUGCAACACCUCCUUCCGUCGACCCGCUUGCUAGUUCUCCUUCUGCUGCUGCUGCUUCUUCUUCUGCUGCUGCUGCUGCUGCUGCUGCUGCUGCUGCUGCUGCUGCUGCUGCUGCUGCUGCUGCUGCUGCUGCUGCUGCUGCUGCUGCUGCUGCUGCUGCUGCUGCUGCUGCUGCUGCUGCUGCUGCUGCUGCUGCUGCUGCUGCUGCUGCUGCUGCUGCUGCUGCUGCUGCUGCUGCUGUCACUGCUGCUCCUACAUCUGCUGUUGCUGUGGACCCGCUGAGCUGCGUCCCUCUCCCAGAAUCCAGGAGCAAUGGGGCUGUCAGUCCAGAGGGCUGUUUAAAGCCAGACGAGAUGUUUGAAGCGUGGUGCAACGGGUCUUUCUCCAGAGUGCUUCAUGGCUUCUAA